CUUUCGUCCCUGUAACGGACACAGCCUGGAGGUUAGAGUAUAAUCGUGAAAACAUCGUGAAAAACUUCAAUCGAGAAUGUUCGCCAGUGAUCGCUUUCAGACUUCUUUGAUUUGAUGCGUUUUUAUGAAAAAAUAUAGUUUACAGUAUUUCAACAAUUAAAUUAAUAAAAGUAAUAAAUUACAAGGUGUAUUUUAUAAACUUAAUUCAAAAUGGGGAAACGUCAACAUCAGAAAGAUAAAAUGUACUUGACUUAUACGGAGUGGUCGACGUUGUACGGUGGGAGAAAGUCGGGAACUACAUUGGAAACAAGCGAAGAAAAAACAUUCAGGCGUUUGCCGUUUGAUCAUUGUUGUUUGAGUUUGCAACCCUUCGAACAUCCUUAUUGCGACCAGCAUGGCAACGUGUUCGAGCUGGAAGCUGUUCUGGCGUAUAUAAAGCAAUACAAGCAUAAUCCCGUAACGGGAAAACCAUUGGAUUCAAAGAGUUUAAUCAAACUUAAUUUUGAUAAAAAUGCGGACAAUGAAUACAGAUGUCCUGUUCUGUUCAAAUUGUUCACAAAAUAUUCCCACAUUGUUGCUAUUAGAACCACGGGAAAUGUAUUCUCUUAUGAGGCUGUUGAGCAGUUAAAUAUAAAAGCAGGAAAUUGGAAGGAUCUGAUAAAUGAUGAACCUUUUACACGCAAGGAUAUCAUUACAAUUCAUGAUCCAAACAAUGCGAUGAAAUUCAAUCUGUCCACCUUUCAUCAUAUUAAAAAUAACAUAAGAGUGGAGGAUGAAGAAACUAUAAGAGAGCGCAAUAAUCCGAAUGCAAGAUUGAAAACCGUCUCGGCAGAGACUAAAGAGAUUUUGGCGGAGUUGGACAGAGAUUACAAACCAACGGAAAACGGUGAAAAGGGCGAAGCGUCUAAGAGGGCUGACAAAUUUAACGCUGCGCACUACUCGACCGGCGCUGUCGCUGCUGGAUUUACUUCGACGGUGAUGCCAACAGAGACCACUCAUCAGGCGGCUGUGAUCCCAGAAGACUUGGUGCGUUACGAACGAGUUAAGAAAAAAGGAUAUGUUCGAUUCCUCACAAAUUUUGGAUCUUUAAAUCUUGAACUCCAUUGCGAUCUGGUUCCGAAGACUUGCGAGAACUUCAUGAAACACUGCCAGAGCGGUUAUUACGACGGCACGAAGUUUCACAGAUCGAUAAGAAAUUUUAUGAUACAAGGUGGUGAUCCGACCAACACGGGCAAUGGCGGCAAAUCUAUUUGGGAUAAACCGUUUGAGGACGAAUUCAAACCGAAUUUGAUUCAUCAAGGCAGAGGCAUUUUGUCAAUGGCAAACUCGGGUCCCAACACUAACGGAUCUCAAUUUUUCGUCACGUUUCGGUCGUGUAGACAUCUCGAUCGCAAACAUACGGUUUUCGGAAAAAUAGUCGGAGGUCUGGACACGCUGAACGCAAUUGAAAAAGUUGAAGUAGAUAACAAAGAUCGGCCGAUAGAAGACAUAAUUGUUCAAAGAGCUCAGGUUUUUGUUGAUCCUUUUCAAGAAGCAGACGAGCAACUGAUUGCGGAACGAACCGUCGAGGCGGAACGAUUGGCUCAAGAAGCAAAUCAGAACAAAGUUACGGACAAAGCAAACAGAAGCGACAUCCAGAAAGUUUAUCGAUCUGGCAUAGGAAAAUACGUGAAAUUGAACGAGGAGAAUUUGGACACGAAUGCGGAGCCCGCGAAGAAGAAGAAGAAGAUCCCAUCUCAAUCCUAUGGAGAUUUCUCCUCUUUCACAUUUUAAUGAAUUUAUAUCAUUAAAUAUGUAUAUAUAUCACUUAUGUAUAUAAUAGAGAUAAGAAAUAUAAGCUUU